GAGAGAGAAAGAGAGGAGAGAAAGAGAUAGAAAGAGAAAGUAAGAAAGAGAGAGAGAGAGAGAAAGAAAGAGAAAAAAAGAGGGGGGGGACCCAGCCGUAGGAGAAGAGGCUCCUUGCGUUCCUAGGCAGAGCCUGCAUGGCACCCUGACCUGCUGGGAUCCGCCUCCCCUUUCUCCAGGCAUGUCAAAGAUCCCCGCCCUGAGCAGAUCGGAUUUAUUAAACCAAACCCAGCCAGGGAGAAGAAGACGGGGCAAACCCAGCCGGGAAAUCCAGCGGUGGUUGAGCCCUGGCAGGUCUGCCAGCAGUGGGUGGGUCUCCUGGAGGAGGAGGAGGAAGGAGGAAGGAGGAGGCCGCUGUGUGUCAAGUCAGCAUUUCCCAGGGACACUUUGAGCCCAGUUCCAAGCUCCCAGUCCUGCCCCGGGGAGGGGACCGAGUCUUUCGCCUCCUUCGGGAUCAGCCGCAGCAGGGAACGUCUCUCUCUGCCUGCCCGGCAUGAAGCUUCCUGGAACCUCCUGCCACAUCCUCCGCAUCCUCCUCCUCCUCUGGGUUGUGAUGCUGCCCGACGCAGGGGCCCAACAAGCCUCUUGCUCGGCUCGCUGUGGGGGGAUCCUGGCCAGCUGCUCGUGUCGCGCCACCUGUGAGAACCUGGGAACUUGCUGCCCGGAUUACUGGAGGUUCUGCGUGCGGAUCUCGCCCGCCUCGGGCACCCUGCUGGGCGGGAAGGAUUUCACCGUCCUGAACGUGACGUUGGAGACGGGCGUCCCGGUGACCUGCAGGUUCGCCGGGGCCACCCAGACCCAGGGAUACGUCGACCGGGACGGGCGGCUGCACUGCGUCUCCCCUUUGCUCUAUGAAAUCGGCCUGGUCAGCCUGGAAAUUUCUCUGGAUGGCGGGAAGACGUUUCCCUGGUCGGGAACUUGGACUUCAGUUCAUCACAAUAAGGUUCCCCCUUCCGAGAAGAGCACGCUGGUCAACGAGACCAAGUGGCAAUACUAUGGCACCCCGGGCACGGGGGGAUCCCUGACCGUCACCUGGAACUCCCACGUGCUGCCCUCCAGCCACGUCCACCUAGAGGUUUGGGGAUAUCACGAAACAGGCAAGCCUUAUUCUGACCACUGGGCAGCUGAGUGGAGGUAUCUCUACUCCCUGGCGCGGAACUACCCCAACGAAGGACGCUUCGCCUUCCUGCCUGCUCCCUCCGCUCAGCACGGGGGCUGGGAGGUGGGUGCGCUGAGGAUUUCAGCCCAGAGUUCCUUGGAAGGGCAGCCGAACGUGGCUGCCAUCUGGAGCACGGAGCACGCCCUGGCCUGGCACCUGGAGGAGGCCUUCCGGAAGGACUCCGCCACCUGGGCGGCCGCCAAGUGCCGGCAGUGGGACAGGAAGGAGGCCGACCUGCCCAACUUCCUGGAGGAGAUCCCCGACUGUCCCUGCACUUUGGCCCAAGCCCGAGCUGACUCCGGCCGCUUUCAUACCGACUACGGGUGCGACAUAGAGAAGGGCAGCGUCUGCACCUAUCACCCCGGGGCAGUGCACUGUGUCAGGAGCGUCCAGGCCAGCCCCCGAUACGCCGCGGGGCCGCAGUGCUGCUACGACGCUUCCGGUGCCCAGGUGCUCACGGGGGACUCCAUGGGGGGCAGCACCCCAGACCGGGGCCACGACUGGGGAGCCCCUCCCUACAAGAAGCCCCCCCGCGUCCCGGGCUUCUCCCACUGGCUCUACGACGUCCUCAGCUUUUACUACUGCUGCCUCUGGUCCCACCACUGCGACGUCUACUUCAAGCACCGACCCUCCAGUGGCUGCCAGAGAUACCGGCCGCCCCGAGCCGCUUCGGCGUUCGGCGACCCCCACUUCCUGACCUUCGAUGGCCUCAACUUCACCUUCAAGGGCCUGGGCGAGUACCUGGUGCUGGGAUCCAAGCAGACAUCCCUGAGCGUCCAAGGCAGGACCCGUCGGGCUCAGCUGCUCAACAGAGCGCCAGGGGCCAAAGCCGAAGUGACGGGCUUCUCGGCGAUCGCCAUGCAGGAGAAGAACUCGGACGUCGUCGAGGUUCGCCUUCCGGGAGAUUCCCACCGCUGGGAGGUGCUGCUGAAUGAAAAGGCCCUCAACUUUUCUGAACAAACCUGGAUGGACUUAAAAGGCCUCUUCCUCUACAGCAGCCCUGGGCAGAGCGUCACUGCGAUGUUCUCCUCCGGAGCCGGCCUGGAGGUCAGGGGCCACGGAGGGAAGGUGCUGAGCCUGACUGCUUUGCUGCCGGAGACCUUCCUGAGCCAGACGGAGGGGCUCUUCGGGCCGAUGAAUGGCCGGCCGCAGGAUGAUCUGACCCUUCCCGAGGGGACGGCCCUGGACGUGGCCAGCAGCGGCCCCCGAGAGCACUUCGCCUUCGGAGCAGAUUGGGCAAUUACGAACAAAACGUCCCUUUUCACCUACGACAUGCAGGACCUCCUGCACGACUUCGUCCACGGGACGAAGCACGACUCCUCCUUCGUCCCCGUCUUCUCUCCCCCCGAAGACACCGACGCUUCCCUCCUGCAGCAGGCGGCUGCCCUCUGCCAGGCCGACCCCUUCUGCCGCUUCGACGUCCUGACAACCGGAGACUUGGCCGUUGGGAACAUCACUCGGCUGUCCCACCAGCACUUCAGGCAGCUCCAGCAGAGCUUGCAGCCAGUGGUUUCCUGCGGCUGGCUGCCCCCGCCCUCCAACGGGGCAAAGGAGGGGACCCGCUACCUGGCUGGGUCUGAGCUCCGCUUCCGCUGCCAUCCCGGCUACAGCCUGGUGGGCUCAGCGGUCAGGAGAUGCCAGGCGGAUGGGACCUGGUCGGGACAGCCCCCCAGCUGCCUCCCCAACGCAGGAGCCUCUCUGCCCCUGCCCGCCUUGGCCUUUGCGAUCCCGAAGGUCGCGCUCCUCCUCUGGCUGGCCUGGUGACCUGGCUGCCAGAGGAGAGGCCGGGAGAGGACCCUGGCUCAGCUCCCCCGCCCCCCAGGAAGGAAAUCGGAUGACGCCCUCACGUCGCACCCCACGUCCAGCGGAUCAGCACUGAACUCUCGGCCUGCCGCUCACUCUGGGUCCGGGCAAAGGGGGUCCGCAUCCAACCAGCCCUUGCUGGGGGGGGGAGCAAAAGUGAGGGGGGAGAAGCCCUUUCUUCAGCAAGCAUGCAGAUUGCUGCAAGGACAGCUUUGUUCCGGGGGAGCUCCCCUGCUGAAAGACGGUGCCCACAGGCAGCCAGAGGACGUCUCCUUGCCCGGCAGCCGUAGCCAGCAACCCCUCGGCCGGUGCCCAGCUGGCUCCCCUCAAGCGGCAGGGGCAGCCCCAUCCCUGCUGCCCAAGGCAGAAGCCCAGCUGUGCCCCUGCUGCCUUGGGGAGGGAGGGAGGGAAGGCCCGGAGGAGGCCGGAGAGGCCCUUGCUUCCUCUUGCUUAAAAGGCCCCCUUGCCCGGAGAGUCCCUAGAGGGGCUGGCUUCACAGGGGCCUCGCAGCCGGGUCAGGGACCGCCCACACCACAGGCUGGUCCCUUGUGGGCUCAAGGGUGGCCCCUUUCUAGGCUGUGAGUCACAACGAACACCCCCCCAAUCCCGUCCAGAAUGGGGCAAGCCCCCCCCCAGACUCAGGGCUCCCCUCCUACAGCCGUCUGCCGGGAAUCGGGCCUGAACUGUUUGGUGGGGCUGCCCCCCCUGCCCCCUCCCCCCCCGCAUAGAUGUGGCUUCUGGGUAGUCUGGCCAGCCUCUCCCCCCUCCCCUCCCCUCUGGGGCAUCUGGAAAAGAGGGGAGUCCAAACAAGAGUCCCCCCCCUCAACACCGCUGGUGGAAAGACUGUGGCUGGUGGGACCCUCUUCGCUGCCCUCCAGCCAAGCCAGUGAGACCCUCCCUCCAAAAUGCAGGGGUCCCCCCUCCCCGGUGAUUCUGCUUUAAUCAUUGCUGUUCGGCGGGGACCCCCGACUGCCCCACGAAUAAAAGUGGCCCCGGGAUGAAAGAGA